CAGAGCUGAUGCAUCAGCAAGGUGAGGAGGAGGCAGAAGAACCAGCAGCAGCUCCCAGGUCAUCAUCACUUUGUCAAAAUCAGCAGGUAUCUGCCGUGCCCUUCAGCUCUCUAUUGUGGCUUCUGUUUAGUUUGGUUUCCCCAUGGCAGCUGUCUCCAUCCCUGCAUUAUCAAACCACCUGCCUGAAUUUCAAGGAAGUCAUGCAUAUAUUCAACAGGAAUAUCAAUUCCCAGGAGCUCCUGGGGGGCCUUGAGAUCAGAGCAGCUAAACCAGGGAUUUCUGCUCACACCGCCAGGGCUGGAACUUGCCUUGGCUGGGAUGUGUGCUGGGGGGGUGCCCUGGGGCUGAGCCCCAUCCCAGCAGCAUCACACUGGUGGGACCAGCCUGGGAGAAACCAGCCCGAGUGAGGGCACCUCCUCCAUAUGUUUUUUAAACCAAAGGUGGCUCCUGAAAUCAAUAGAGAAGGCAAUUCCUCCACAGCCUGGGGAACCAUCCUGUCCACAUUCCUCCCUGAGACCUUUAAAGGAGCUGAGGAAUCCAAUUCCUACUAAUUUGCUUUGAAAAUACCAACUUAAAAUUGCAAUUCUGGCAUGCUGGGAGGAAAGACCCGACCGGACUGUAGCUUCCCUAAGACAACAGUUUUGAUGAUUUAUUAAGAUUUACAUUUUUAACAGUAUUAUGUUGGUUAAUGUUAAGAUGUUCCUACGAUUAAUGAAAAUUUCAUACACUGACUGGGGAAGAAAGAGCCCAUUUUAUGUCCCCACCAGAUGGCCUAGACCAGCUGCUCACUUUUCUUCUUUGAACUGUGAUUCUAAUGACUUCUCUGUCCUUUGAAGUCUGCUUCUGAGCUGCUGAACCAGAUGUAUUUGCAUGACAGCAGCAGAGUUUAACAGACGAGGACUUGUGCUAUUUUCCCUCAUACCCCACCACAUUUGCUCUUGUUUGGUGGUUUGGAGGGGUGAGUAAACACAAAGGCUUUCCAGGCACUGCUAAAGUGUACCUUGGUGUAACAUCACCAGCUUCAGUGGAGUAAUUCCCUAAACCCACAGCAUCUUUACCCAGCUCUGGGCUGGUUUAUAAACCCAUGAGCAGUGUCAGUCUGCUUUCAGUCACGGAUUUAUGAGGGUAUCACAAAAGCAGGAGCUGCUGUCAGAACACACAUUUCAGCACUGUUUUCAAAACAGAACAAAAAAAGGAAGAGCUUUAAAUAUGUAUUAAGAAGUUUUAAAAAGAAUAAAUCACAAAACAAAAUGGUGACAAAAGGAACAAAACCCAAGAAGAUCCCUAAGUGUGGGUUUGGUGGAAUUUUAUGCCAAAUAGAGAAGUCGGGGAGGCAAUGCUGACAUUCCUGGCUUUCAGAUUUCAUACCCAAAGCAGCCCUGCCUGAUUCCAUCCCCAGAUGCUGCUUCCCAGAGCACUUGCAGGCUAUCAAGCAGCUGCACUGCCCAGAGCAAUGGCUGGGCUGAGAUGGCAGAGAGUGCUCUAAAAUCAUCCUCCCACAAUAUUAACACGCUUGAGGGUGUCUCUCUGCUCCGUGUUUCACUGCGACUGCCUUGGAGGCCUGUUAGGGACUUCUGUGGAACAAAUAAUAAAUGGAAUGAUAAAGGUAAGGAGCACAGCAAUUAGUCAGAACCAGACAGCUCCAGGGCAAAGAAGAAAGCCAAGGCGACGGUGCUGGUGGCACAGCAUGUACUUUUCUUACACGAGGUGCUCAGUCUGAUAAGGAGAUGAAGGGAAGGUAAAGUGAGGUGAACAAGAGGUAAGACGGUCUCUCGAGUGAGGUUCCAGAGCUUGGCUUUGCCUGGCUGUGCCAUGGAAGGAAAGGACACCAUGCCCCGAUCCUGCAGCUCUCCUGCUCCGUCCUGGGUGAUGCAGAUCCCUGUGUUGGCAGCGGUCCACAUGCAGCAGGCUUGGCUCGUCCCCAGUCAAGUGUAUUUCCUCAUCAACUGGGGCCUUUCAGUCCUUGGCUUCUCUCCUGGGGUCCUGUUCCCAAGGAAGUGGCAAUAGGCCGUCUGUUCAUUUGAUGCAAGAAGUGAAUUCCAGGUGAGGUGCAGAUCAUAUCUGGAGGAGCGUCUGUAAAGGCAAGUAGGUUUCUCUUCCCAACUAUCAGUCCCUUGUGUCCCCAGUGCUGUAAAUCUGUUACAUCUCUGUGCCUCGACCAGGUACAGACAGAUCUAGGACAGGGCGAUGGGUGUGCGACAGGAACAGCCUGUUACAGUUCAGCAGCCCUCCUCUGCGCUCUGAUUUCAGGUUAUAUCCGUCUCUUACAGUUGCUUUUAACGAAACACUGAGUGUCCACAAUGGUUAAAACCUGCACAGUCCCCCCAAACUGCUCCUUGGGGAGCACAGUGCAUGGCUGCCCAGUGCUUCUGCGCCAGUCAGCGGUCACCGGGCCACAGCCAGGAUGGAUCUGGGCAUUGUGGUCACUGUAUGUAUGGACAGUGCCACCUGCUGUGGUGCUCCCCACCGCCAUGGCACCCAGUCCCAAGACCUGGAGCUGCGAUCACUGCCUGGGGCAGGCGCUUGUGCUUGUCUUGCUGCUCCAUCAUCAUGAAUUCUCCUUCCUUCCUGGGUUCAGUGCCAUAUGAGAGCGGAAUGGCCGUGAGGGUAACAUUGCCGUGAGGGUGACAUGGCUGUGAGGGUGACAUGCUAUGAUGGUGGCAGUGCCAUGAUGGUGAUGCGGCUGUGACAGUGACAUGGCUGUGAGGGUGACGUUGCUAUGAUGGUGGCAGUGCCAUGAUGGUGACACUGGUGUGAUGGUGACGCGGCUGUGAGAGUGAUGAUGCUAUGAUGGUGGCAGUGCUGUGAGGGUGACACAGCCACAAGGGUGACAGGGCUGUGAGGGUGAUGCUGUUGUGAUGGUGGCGGUGCAGUGAUGGUGGCGGUGCAGUGAGGGUGACAUGGCUGUGAGGGUGACACUGCUGUGAGGGUGACAUUGCUAUGAUGGUGCCAGUGCUGUGAGGGUGACACAGCCACAAGGGUGACAGGGCUGUGAGAGUGAUGCUGUUGUGAUGGUGGCGGUGCAGGGGUGGUGGCGGUGCAGUGCGGGUGACACAGCCGCAGGCCCUGUGCUGCUGGACGCACACCCAGGCCCGCAGCCCCUCGAGGGCCGCGUCCCCGCCCUGCACCGGGGCUCCCCUUCGCCUCUGCCUGGUGCCACCUCGGGCCUCCCGCCCGCCCCGGAAGUGCUCCGCGUUGCCAUAGCGCCGCCGGCGGGAAGGCGGAAGAUGGCGGCGGCGGCGGCAGUGGCGGAGGAGCCGGAGCUGGGCGGCUCGCUCCGCCGGUACCUGGCGCGCCUGGGCGCCCUGCGGCCCCGGCCCGGCGCGGAGCGGCCCGACGGCAGCCGCCGCACCGAGCUCCACCUGCUCUUCGACCAGCUCAUCUCCGAGAGCUGCGGGACCGCGCCGGCGGCCGGGCCCUGCCCGCAGGAUGUUUGUGCUCUGCUUGUCCAAGCCUGUCAGCUGGUUCACCUUGAUCAGGAACAUCUUGUCAGCAAAGUUUGCCAGCUUAUCCAUCACUUACUUAACAGGUUUCAGGUGCUGGUUGAUGAACAGAACUUGAAUUUCCUUCUCUCCUACUGCAUCUCUGCUCUUAAACAGUGCAGCUCUUGGACACAUGUUGAAAUUGUGCAAGCCUUGGCAGCUCUUGUCUACAAUAAUGGACCUAAAUGUCAGAAACAUCUCCCGGAUUUGCUGGGCAGGACUGGGCUCUUGGUGCAGUUCAGUGAUGCUGCUCAGCCCGACGUGGAACUCCGGAGGGCAGCAGUACGCAGCAUGGCAAACCUGUGUCUCAGCGUGCCUGAACAGCCAUAUUUGGAUGAGCCCUACAGAAGUGUCUGUUUUCAGACUUUUCUAAGUGUUCUGCAGUCUUCAAAAACCUCUGAUGUGGAUGACAUCACUUUUUGCAUGUUACUGCAAAAUGCACUGAAAGGUAUCCAGUCGCUUCUCAAUGGUGGGAAGAUGAAACUAAUGCAAAAUGACCAAAUUGGAUCUCUUCUUGCAGUAUUAAAGAAAUGUAUGUUUCAUGGACUGCCAGGACUGAGCAUAGAAAUGCCAGCAGUCUUGUACCCGGUUCCGUUACCUCAGUAUGAUAAAAGGUUGCCUGCCAAACAGGAACAGUCAGAACCAGCCACCUUUAAGCAGACAGGGAACCGAAGAAAAAAGUCCAAAGGGAAACAAAAGAAGGGAGAGUUUGGGGAGGAAGGAAGAGAUUUGGGUGAUGCAGGAAAUGAAUCAGUCCUUGGAGCAGACAUGAUGAAAUUGCACUUGGGGAAUGUGCAGAAGAGUCCUUCUUCGGAUCCUCGGGGUCGUGCAUCAGAUGUUGCAAACAUGCCUGCUGGGAAGGAUCACUUGUCUUCACGUUGUCCUAGUUGGAAAAGAAUCAGCAGCAGUGAGUCGGAAUAUUCCGAUGCCGAAGGUGGAAUACAGAGCAAAGUGAGAUCUUAUCAAGCCAAUGUUCGUCAGGGGGCUCUGGCCUGUUUCCUCUCUGCUAUAAAAUCAAUAGAAAAGAGAGUUCUUUAUGGCUACUGGUCAGCGUUUGUUCCUGAUGCUCCUGGUAUUGGCAGCCCCCAGUCAGUGUCCUUGAUGACUAUUGCUUUAAAGGACCCCUCUCCAAAGACCCGUGCCUGUGCUCUUCAAGUUCUCUCAGCCAUUCUGGAAGGCUCUAAGCAGUUCCUUUCUGUUGCUGAAGAUGUUGAUCACAAGAGAGCUUUUACUCCCUUCUCUGUAACUAUUGCUUCUAGCAUCCGGGAGCUGCACCGCUGUCUGCUGCUGGCCCUGGUGGCAGAAUCCUCUUCUCAAACACUGACACAAAUAGUCAAGUGCCUUGCAAAUUUGGUUUCAAAUGCCCCAUACAGCCGUUUAAAACCUGGGUUGCUGACAAGAGUGUGGAACCAGAUAAAGCCCUACAUUUGUCAUAAAGAUGUUAAUGUCCGAGUUUCUAGUCUCACAUUGUUAGGGGCUAUAGUAUCUAUCCAAGUACCUUUACCAGAGGUGCAGUUACUUUUGCAGCAGCCCAGUUCUUCAGGGCUAACUAGUAGUGGUAGCACAACCCCUCACCGUUCUAAUUCCUCUGAGCAGUGGAGAAAAACACUCCCCUCAGAAGGGGAGCCUCUGGAUAAUCCAGCAGGAUGCACAUCUCCAGAACCAUGCUGGCUGCUCCGUCUCUGCGUUUCCAUCAUUGUUCUGCCCAGAGAGGAUUCCUGUUCUGACAGUGAUGCGAACUUCCCAUCAUUUUCCAGUGUUUAUGAACCAUGUCCCCUUCGACUGGAAGCCUUACAGGUGUUGGCUCUUCUUGUAAAAGGUCAUUUCCCUAUGGCUCAAAGCUAUUUCCUAGAGCUUGGAGAAGUGGCUUGCAGAUGCAUGGAAGAAAUGGAUCCAUCCAUUCAGCUUCACGGAGCCAAACUCCUGGAGGAGCUGGGCACGGGUGUACUGCAGCAGUACAAACCUGAUUCAGCCGUCACCCCUGAUCAGAGAGUACCGGUCAGCGUGGUUGUAACUUUCUGGACUAUGAUGCUAAAUGGCCCUUUGCCUGGCACUCUUCAGAACUCCCCCCAUGCAACUCUUCAGACAAGUGCCUGUGAUGCCCUGUCCUCUAUCUUGCCUGAAGCUUUCAGCAGACUGCAGAAUGACCAGCAGAUAUUGUGUGUCACUCUGCUUCUUGGCCUGAACCACAGUGAGAACCCGCUGGUAAAAGCUGCUGCUGCACGUGCACUUGGAGUCUACAUCCUCUUCUCUUGCCUCAGGCAGGAUGUGAUGUUUGUGGCAGAUACAGCAAAUGCUAUUCUGGAUUCCCUCCAUGACAAGUCUCCCAACGUCCGUGCCAAAGCAGCUUGGUCCCUGGGCAAUCUUACAGACACCCUCAUCAUCAACAUGGAAACGAUGGGACAAAGUUUUCAUGAGGAAUUUUCUGAUCUCCUCCUGUUGAAAAUGUUACGGUCUGCGACUGAAGCAUCCAGAGACAGAGACAAGGUAAAGAGCAAUGCAGUCCGGGCCCUUGGGAAUGUGCUUCAUUUCCUUCAGCCAUAUCACAUAGCAAACCCCAGGUUCAGGGAAGCCAUCGAGGAAUCUCUCCAGGCCCUCAUUUCCACUGUUCAGAGUGAGGCCACUAUGAAAGUGCGCUGGAAUGCUUGUUAUGCCCUGGGGAAUGUAUUUAAGAACCCUGCCUUGCCACUCGGAGAGGCUCCUUGGACCACACAAGCCUAUAGUGCACUUUCCUCAGUGGUGAAGUCCUGCAAGAACUUUAAAGUCCGGAUCAAGUCAGCCAUGGCCCUCUCCAUCCCUAGCAGGAGGGAAUGCUACGGCUCCACUGAGCAGUUCUGCCAAAUCUGGAGUGCCUUGGUGGUAGCCCUGCAGAAGAGUGAAGACACCGAGGACUUCCUGGAAUUCAAGUACAGUGCCAGCCUCAGGACACAGAUCUGCCAGGCUCUGCUCCAUUUGUUGAGUCUGGCAAAGAGCACGGACCUGCCUGUCGUUUGGGAAACCAUAACAGAGCACGGGGAUGCAAUCAAAUCCUAUGUCUUGCAGUAUCUGAAAUCUGGAGCUGAAGAAAACGAAGCGGGAACACACACAGACUUGUGUGAGAGGGAGAGGGUGUUAAAAGGAGCUGUUGAACAUCUGGAUGGGAUAGAGAAGCAGCUGCAGGGCAAGGCUAGGGUGAGAGUGUCUGUUUAUCUGCAGGAUAUCUUGACAAACCACGCCAGUGCUGCUGAAUUAAGAGGCUUAGAAACACCUAUUUUGGUGACCAACAACCCACACUUCUGACUGGGCACAGAGGAGAACAUACUGCUUUCACACAGGCCAUCCAGAACAAACGUUUCCUGUAGCUGGUAUUAAACAGUUGAUUUCAAACUUCCUGAAGUCACUCAUAAAGCUUGAUGGAAAAAAUCUGGAGAACUUAAUAUAUUUUAUUAUUAUUUUUCAUUUUUGUGUUUAAUGAACUCCUAAGUUGUCCUCCCUUGGUUCUGCUUGUACAUUUACCUGUGUCCUGGGUUCAGCUGUAACAGUUCUUUUUCUCCUUCCUAGUAGCUGGUGUAGUUCUGUUACAGCAUUACCCUUGGAAAACAAACACCUUUUCCUUCUUUGUGUGUUUUAUAAAACCAGCCUGUUCUCUCAGCUUAUCUGGAAGCAUUUUGUUACUCUUGCUGCUGUAUCCAAAAUCAUGUUUGUAAAGGAGGGGCCUGGAAGAAUUUUGUUUUUCCGAGCACUGCAAAUGUUGUCACUCUUGUGUUCCUGCAAUAAACCCCAAAAUGCCAAUA